UAUACGAGAUAUCCACCCUAGUCACUAUGGACACAUUUGCCCCAUUGACACGUCUAAAGGAAUCAACGUUGGACUUACUGGAUCCCAAUUCAUACGAAGAUUGGUUAUUAGGGGUCUCUAGAAAGUCCGUUUUAUGAAAUUUUUAAGAGAUAAAAAAGGAUGCUUUAUUUAUCACCAAGUAAAGAGGAAAUGAGGGAUUAAUAAGUCCAUUGAUGCCUUGAUUUGAUGCAGCUUCCUCCUAAAAUUCUAAGCAGUUUCAAUUUUUUUUUUUUUUUUUUUUUUCACUUUAAAUACCAUUUGAGGGUGACAAAUGGCUUUCUCAGAGAAACCUCUGCAGGCCGAAGUGAUUAAAUAAUCAGCACAAAGAUGACCAUGCCAGAAAAGCACUUUGAGAAAAAGCCAUGCAGAUCAUAUUUUAUUUACGCAAGUAAGAUCAUCGUACAUAUAUGUAUACGUAUGUGUGUGUUUAACUAUGUUAUAUACUACUCUAUAUAAAGUGUAACUACGUUGUUUUCCAGUGGUGCUAUAAACUUUUAGUGACAGUUGAAGAUGGGAAAGGCAAGCAGAUGGAUCAUAAAUUUCUUGGUCGGAAAGCAAGAGAAAAAAAUUAACGAUGUUCCGAAAACUGAAGUUUCGAAUGAGUUUGCGCUUACCAUUUCUGCCAUGGCGGAGGUGAAGCAUCCGGGGACGCCGAAAGUGAAGAGAAGGUGGAGCUUUGGGAAGUUGGCAGGCAAAGAGGCAUCCCACAUGGUUACAAAAUCUGUUGAUUCAAUUGACAUCACUAAGUUGUCACUCAAGGCUCAGAAGAAUCGUGCAGUGACACCAAGAGAUGUCGAAAACGCUGCAGCUACAAGGAUUCAAGCUGCCUUCCGUUCGCAUUUGGCAAGGAAGGCUUUACAUGCCUUGAAGGGUUUGGUGAAGUUGCAAGCACUGAUAAGAGGUCACAUUGUGAGGAAACAAACAACUGUGACGUUAAUUCAGAUGCAGGCGUUGAUGGCUAUCCAGGUUAGAGCGCGGAUUAAGCGAAUUCAGAUGGCGGAAGAAGCACAGCUAGCUAAUAAAAAGCAGUUGAUCAUUCAAAGAGGCCACCCUCAGGACAAUGGAGUUCAUAGGGCAAGUCUCCUCCAAUCUGAAAUGUUUCCUGUUCGUAACUCAAUAGAUUUGAACCCGAAUGAUGUUCAACGAGUUGCGAAAAGCACGAGUGGACACCUUAAUCAUUCACAAGGUGCAGGGAGGUUUGAACAUGGCCAUUCAACAAUCUAUUCUGAUCGUCUUUCCAUCUCAAACCGGCAUCACUACGAGGAAUUCUCUUUUGCAACAGCGAAUAGUCCCUGGAAUUAUCCUUCUGCAUCCAAACCAAAACCAACAAGACACCCCUUCACUCAUCAAGACCAAGAUUACACAGAUGAUGAGAACUCUGCAUUCAAGCCAAAUUACAUGACCAACACGAAAUCUUCGAAGGCGAAAGCUAGGUCACAGAGUGAACCAAAGCAAAGGCCUGAAGGAAGCUUGAAGAAUAGAAGCAAGCAAACAGAAGUGGAUGCCACACUUGUUGCCAUGGACUAUCAAGUGCUGAAACGUUCAUCCACACAGUUUAAACCCAAUGGUCAGAAGAACCAGGAUCCCUGGUUUGUUAAGCUCUACAGAUCAAGAAGAUUGUUCGAGGACAACAAGCAUGCCUCCGGUAGCCCGAGUACUGUCCAUUCCUACCAUCAUGAAUCUCUUGCUGCGUAUGAGCCCCAUGUGAACUUGUACUAA